AUGGCGUCGGAUUCGUCGGAUUCGUCGGAGUCGUUGAGCAAGCUUGAGAGACUGCGUACAGUCGACCAGGAUGAUAUAGGCCGGCUGGAGCGUUACUCGACAGCACGUAACUCUCUAAAGUUCUACACAAACGUCGCGGUGACGGUGACAUAUGUGCUGCCGUCGACUUGCUCUCUGCCUUUAAAGGACUGCAUCUAUAAAGCCCUAGAGACGCUCAUCGGGCAACAUCCGGUUCUUUCGGCCAUUCCGCUAGAGGAGGACUCAAAGGAUCCCUAUUUCGCACGGCUACCGGAGGUCAAUCUCGACCGGUGCGUUACGUUCCAGGAGCGGAAGAGCAGUUUCCCUGCUGCAGAGAGUGAAGGUGAAUCAGAGGUAGAGCCAGAGCGGGAUGCAGAGCUGGACGAGCUGCUAAACGUCCAGCAUAACGCUUCGUUCGCUGCCCCCUUACCAUAUUGGCGCCUGUGUGUCCUCACAGAUCCCCGGGACAGCCGUCAAUUCACUGCUGCAUAUGUAUGGCACCAUGCUAUUGGAGACGGGUCAUCGGGGAAAGCAUUCCAUAAGACCUUUCUCCAGGCCUUACACAAUGCAUGCUCGGCUGCAUCUGCCGAUGUGAAGAGUGUCAUUCCGUCACCGAAGACACCGCUGCUACCGAACCUGGAAAAGGUCUAUCCCAUGCCGCUUUCGUUCUUCUUCAUCCUCAGUAUCUUAUUCUGGACCAAGAUCUGGAAGGCCGCACGAGACCCUGGUUUAUGGACGGGAUCCAAAAUCACUACGCCUCUUGAGAACCAGGUCCGCCAUCUUGUCAUCUCUAAGCGGGAUACUGCUGCAUUAAGGGACCUCUGUCGCGAGAACAAGACUACAGUAACCGCUGCCCUGCAGACGCUCCUGGCUAACGCACUGUUCACAAAUCUUCCCGGGAAGUUUACCAGCCUACGGUGCGAGGGAGCAAUCUCGAAUAGACGAUGGCUUACAGACGAUAACAUUACAGACGACUCUAUUGGCGUCUGGGUCCAGGACUUCCAGGAAAUGUACUCUAGAGAUAAGCUCAGCAAAAAUGGAGAACGUCUCGAGUUCUCCUGGGACGAAGCAAGGAGGUCUAAACAGAAUCUUGACCGGAUUCUGAGCCUGAGGGGGAAGAACUCUAUGGUAGCAAUGCUCAAGUUUGUGGACGAUUACCAGAACGAACUUUUCCUACCCAAGGUCGGCAAGGAGAGGGAGAAGAGCUUUGAAAUCUCAAAUGUCGGCGUGUUUAAGUCGAGCCAGGAGGAAUUGGAGGCGGGAGAGAAGGGGCCACGAUAUGGCCGGAUGGUCUUCACGCAGACUAAAUAUCUGUUCCGGACAGCCGGCCGGAUCGCCAAACAUGCUCUUCCCAUGAGCCAACGCAUGAGGAUCCCGUUCACGGCUCCCUUCUCGCCUCCGAUUAUCCUCCCUUCAUCCGCCAACACUCUCUCCGGCGCAAUCGAUGCCAUCGCCUCGUUCCUCUCCGCUGCUCCUCCAGCGCUACUCAGAGGCGUGAACCUGGGCCGGAAUGAGCAGACAGUGUUAUUGACCGGAGCAGGCAUAUCUGUGGCAUCGGGGCUGGCUGAUUACCGUGGAGAGAAUGGAACAUACCGACGAAAUGUUGCCUAUCGACCAAUCUAUUUUCACGAGUACGUGAAUCAACAUGAAGCAAGGAAACGAUACUGGGCUCGGAGCUUCAUCGGAUGGCCUACAAUGGGUCAAUCGAAGCCGAACAUCACGCAUGAAUCGAUUAGAGAGCUGGGGAAGAAAGGCUACAUCAGUUCGGUGAUUACGCAGAACGUGGAUUCGUUGCACGGCAAGGCUCAUCCUCAUAUACCUGUAGUCGAGCUUCAUGGCUACCUACGAUCGGUCAUCUGUGUUAGCUGCCGCCAUAAGAUACCCCGUCCAGAGUUCCAGGAGUCGUUGUUUGCCCUCAAUCCUCCCUGGGCGGAAUUCCUUAAUCGAAUAACAGAGUCCGGCGCCCUGGAUACCGAUAGCAUCGAGCAGCAACGCCAACGAGGGCUGAAGCUCAACCCGGACGGCGAUGUGGAUCUUACAAACGCACACUACUCUGACUUUCGGUAUCCUGCCUGUCCUCGAUGCCUGGAGAAUCCGCCGCUACGGCCAGACGGGUCGAGGGGGAUAGUUGAAGCAGACCAGGACGGGGCACUGGCUUCUCCCUCGAACGCAGGCAUCCUCAAACCGGCGGUUGUCAUGUUUGGCGAGUCGGUCAACGAGGGAGUGAAGGUCGCUGCCGAAGAAGCGAUAGAUGAAGCCGGGAAGCUUCUUGUCCUUGGGACCAGUUUGGCUACCUUCUCGGCAUGGAGACUAGUUGAACGAGCAAUCGCGCGAGGCAUGUCGAUUGGAGUCUUGAAUGUAGGCGGAUUCCGCAACGAAGCUGCAUUGUUCGGGGAUCUCGCAGUCCGUUCAGGGGAGAUGACUCGCGUGAGAUGCAGCCAGCCUGCUGAAGCCGUUAUCCCUGAAGUCGUUGCCAGACUCCAGGCGCUUGCUUAG